CUAGUGAAUAAAAAUAGAAAAGAAAAUCUGAAGCCUAUCCUUUAGAAGCUACUAGAAGAAGCCACUCUCAGCACUUUCUGGCCGUUUCGUAAGCGGGGAGAAGGAAGGAAAAGAGGGGAAAAAAAAGAAGGGAGCACGCUAGAAUCUGUGCAAAACAUCAGACCUAGGCCAUGGAUGGCGAUAAGCUCGACCAGUUGAAGCAAUUCAUCGAACAGUGCAAAGCUGAUCCAUCCAUUCUCAGCAAUCCUACGCUUUCCUUUUUCCGCGACUACUUGGAGAGUCUGGGUGCUGAUCUUCCUCCUUCUGCUUACAAGAGUGGAGAUUCGAAAUCGAAAAACUAUGUGGUGGAGGAGAGCGAUGAGGAAAUGGCGGACCUCCAAGACCCGCAAGAGGAAGGGGACGACAGCGAUAUAGUCGAGUCCGAUGUUGAGCUCGAAGGCGAUACUGUUGAUCCUGAUAAUGAUCCGCCGCAAAAGAUGGGGGACCCAACAGUGGAGGUUUCGGAAGAAGAUCGUGAUGCUUCUCAAAUGGCAAAAGGGCAAGCCAUGGAAGCUAUUUCCGAAGGUAAGUUGGAGGAAGCAAUUGGGCAUCUGACUGAGGCGAUUUUGCUCAACCCAACAUCAGCAAUUAUGUAUGGAACCAGAGCUAGUGUGUACAUCAAAAUGAAGAAGCCCAAUGCUGCUAUCCGGGAUGCCAAUGCAGCUUUAGAGAUUAAUCCAGAUUCUGCUAAAGGGUACAAGUCCCGUGGCAUAGCAAGAGCAAUGCUCGGCCAGUGGGAAGAGGCAGCAAAGGAUCUCCACUUGGCGUCAAAGUUAGAUUAUGAUGAGGAGAUAAGUGCUGUACUUAAGAAGGUUGAGCCUAAUGCACACAGGAUCGAGGAACACCGUAGGAAGUAUGAAAGGUUGCGCAAAGAAAAAGAGGACAAGAAGAUUGAACGUGAGAGACAACGUCGACGGGCUCAAGCUCAGGCUGCAUAUGAGAAGGCUAAGAAGCAAGAGCAGUCAUCAUCCAGUAGAACUCAUGAAGGCAUGCCAGAAGGUUUUCCUGGGGGAAUGCCGGAAGGUUUUCCUGGGGGGAUGCCGGAAGGUUUUCCUGGGGGAAUGCCGGGAGGUUUUCCUGGGGGAAUGCCUGGCGGUUUUCCUGGGGGAAUGCCAGGAGGCUUUCCUGGGGGUAUGCCUGGAGGAUCCCCUGGUGGCAUGCCAGGGGGGAUGCCUGGAAACGUUGAUUAUAGCAAAAUAUUGAAUGAUCCUGAACUAAUGGCAGCAUUCAAAGAUCCAGAAGUGAUGUCAGCUCUUCAAGAUGUGAUGAAGAACCUGAGUCAUUCGAACCUGAGUCACCCAAUUUUACCACUGAACCCAUGUCAUCCCUUGUUCCAGCCAGUGUCACUCGCAAUUUCCACAGGUUCCUAAGGUGUGUUCAAGGGAAAAGGCCAUUCCAGAACAAAAGCAAGUCCAAGAAUCCAACUCAGACCCUGGGAAUGAAAUCACGGUAAGAUCAGACCCACCUUUACAUACACAACUUGGUGAAACUUCCACUGACUCAACAGACAACCUAGACUUAAACAUUCCUAUUGCUGUUAGAAAAGGCACCAGAGAAUGCACUAACCGACCACUCUAUCCACUAUCACACUAUGUGUCUCUUAAGCACCUAUCACUAGCCCACAAAAAUUUUAUUGUGAGUCUAAACACCACUAUCAUCCCUAACACUGUUUCUGAGGCAUUGAUAAAAAGGGAAUGGAAGGAUGCUAUGAGAGAGGAGAUGAGUGCAUUAGAAAAAAAUAAAACAUGGGAGAUUGUUGAAAGACUGAAAGGGAAAAACAUUGCUGAUUGCAAGUGGAUUUUCACACUAAAAUAUAAGGCUGAUGAAUCUCUUGAGAGACAUAAAGCAAGAUUGGUAGCCAAAGGGUACAUUCAAACUUAUGGAGUUGAUUAUCAGGAGACUUUUGCUCCAGUUGCAAAAAUGAAUACUGUAAGAAUCCUGCUGUCACUGGCUACCCACUACAAUUGGUAACUCCUACAGUAUGAUGUUAAAAAUGCAUUUCUUCAUGGUGAUUUAGAUGAAGAGAUUUACAUGAACAUUCCACUGGGAUUUGAGGGAAACACAGGUAACAAGGUGUGUAAGCUGAAAAAGGCCCUUUAUGGGCUAAAACAAUCUCUUAGGGCUUGGUUUGAGAGAUUUGCAAAAGUCAUGAAAGAGUUUGGGUACAAACAAAGCCAAGGUGACCACACUCUCUUUAUUAAGCACUUGGCUUCAAGGAGAGUAACUGCUCUUCUAGUCUAUGUUGACGACAUCAUAGUGACUGGAAAUGAUGAGAGAGAAAAGCAUGAAUUGAAGCAGAGAUUAGCAACAAAGUUUGAGAUAAAGGAAUUAGGAAAACUGAAGUACUUCCUCAGUAUUGAGGUGACAUAUUCCACACAAGGGAUCUUCAUCUCUCAACAAAAGUGUGUGACUGAUUUAUUGGCAGAAAUAGGGAAGAUUGGGUGUAAACCAGUCUCUACCCCAAUGGAUCCAAACCACAAGUUGGGAGAAGCUAAAGAAGAACCAAUGGUGGAUAAAAGAAUGUACCAGAGGCUGGUUGGUAGGCUCAUAUACCUUGCUCAUACUCGGCCAGGCAUCGCCUACGCGGUGAGCGUGAUCAGUCAAUUCAUGCAUGAUCCAAGAGAACCUCAUUUUCAAGCUGCUUACAGGGUGCUGCAUUACUUGAAGGGCAACAUCGGGAAAGGAAUUUUGUUCAAGAAGAGCAAUACUCUUGCUUUAGAAGCAUACACCGACGCUGACUAUGCAGGUUCCCUAGUGGAUCGAAGAUCAACUACAGGGUAUUGUACUUUUCUUGGAGGUAAUCUGGUAACAUGGAGAAGUAAAAAGCAGAAUUUGAUAGCAAGGUUGUCUGUAGAAUUAGAGUUUAGGACCAUUGCUCAAGGGUUGUGUGAACUACUUUGGCUGAAGAUUAUUCUAGAUGAUUUGAGAAUCAAGUGGGAUGGUCCUAUGAAGCUUUGUUGUGACAACAAGUCAACUAUCAAUAUUGCUUAUAACCCUAUACAACACGAUAUGACAAAACAUAGUGAGAUUGAUAGACAUUUCAUCAAAGAAAAAUUGGAAGAAGGAGUAGUGUGUAUGUCCUAUGUUCCAUCAUAACAUUAAUUAGCUGAUAUCCUAACAAAAAGGUUGAACAGUUCAAUGUUUCACGAUCUUGUAUUCAAGCUGGGAAUGAAAGAUAUCCAUUCCUCAGUUUGAGGGGGAGUGUUGAGCGGUAAAUAAAAUAGGAGAAUUAUUUUCCUAUUAUGUUAGUUUUCUAUUUCUGUAAAUAGAUAGUUUUGUCAGUUUCCUAUUAUGUCUCUUGUUUCCUAUUUCUUCUCUUGUAAUAUCCUAUAUAAACUAUGUAUAAUCAAUAUAAUAGAUAGAAUUUAUUAUUUUUCAUCCCAUAUUUCGUGUCAAGUAUUGUAAACUUUAGUGUGGAGUUAUAAGUGUUUAAAGUUUUAAGUAUUGAAUCUUUCAAAUUUUCUGUGUUGAAUUUGAUUUAAAUGUUUGAUAAAAUAAAAAGAAUUUAAAUAUGAAAACUUUUUAUUUUGCAUAUUUGUCCUUGGAAUUAUGAAUGACUUAAAAAAAAUAUUGCAUCAUAAACUUGCAUAGAAUCCAUUUAAAAUAACCUAUUUUAAUAUUGUGUUAUUUUAAUACAAUAUUAAGUCACUUCAUACAAGAUCCCCUAUCUAACUAUUUAAAACUUAUGUAUUUAUUUAUUUUUAAAAACAAGAGCAGUUAUUAAUAAAAAGUUCUUGUUUCAACAAAUAAAAAAUAAAUCCAAUUUAAAAAUUGAAAAUAUAUUGAUAAGUUAUCAAAACAUUUAUUCUUUAUAUUAAAAAAGAAAAAAAAUUAAAAAAACUAAAUCCGGUUAGAAAAAUUUAAAGUAUAUUAAUGUCAUCAAAAUUUUUAUUUUUUAUAUUAGAAAAGAAAAAAAUCAUAAAAAAUUCAUCAAUUAAGCUUAUUACAAGGAUUUAGCAUUUAAAAUAAGUUGAAAGAUAAAACUAUAAUCUAAAAAUUGUAAAUCCUUAUAAAUUACUUGCCAUGUUUAACUUUUAGUGGAAUUAAGGUUCAUUUACUUGAGGAUGAAAAUAUCGAAAACUCAAAGAAUAUAUGUGGUUGGAUUUUAUUGAAAUUUUGGGAAA